CCCCAACCACCGAAGAAGAGCCAAUGUCAGGUGAUAGCACAGAAGAAGAAGAAGAAGAAGCAAUGGCGCUUGUAGCGGUGAUGAUUUGGAUAUACAAAUUUUAAUUUAACGCUAUCGUCAGUAGCUAGCUGACUAAAGUCUAACUGUUGUAUGGUGCUAUGUAUUAUUGACGAUAAACAGUUAGCUGGAGCCGACUGAGCUCGUUGUUGGACUAGUGUUAUUCAUUUCAUCGCACCCCGGCGUCGUUUUCUGACCGUCAACGAUGCCUCUGGGCUUGAAACCAAGUUGCGCUGUCUGCAAGACGAACUCUUCGUCGAUGUGGAAGAAAGGGAACCAGGGAGAAAUCCUCUGUAACAACUGCACAGGAAAGAGCAGCGGUAGCGGCGGAACAUCGGGACCCUCUGUGUCCUCCACUACACAGCCCAGCAAUGGCGGGGGCAAGCAGUCAAAGCAGGAGAUCCACAGGAGAUCUGCAAGGUUGAGAAGCACUAAGUAUAAAGCUCCUGCAUCUGAGAAGAAAGUGUCAACAAAGGGGAAAGGAAGAAGACACAUAUUCAAGUUGAAAAAUCCAAUCAAAGCACCAGAAUCUGUUGCAACAAUCAUCACUUCAGAAUCUUUAUUUUAUAAGGGUGUGUACUACCAGACAGGAGACGUGAUCAAAGUAACAGAUGAAGAGGACGGGAAGCCAUACUAUGCUCAGAUUCGAGGCUUUGUGCAGGACCAAUACUGUGAAAAGAGUGCAGCACUGACCUGGUUAAUCCCCACACAGGCCAGCCCAAAGAACCACUUUGACCCCGGCACAUACAUUGUUGGUCCAGAAGAGGAUCUGCCCAGAAAGAUGGAGUACCUGGAGUUUGUAUGUCAUGCCCCCUCUGAGUAUUUCAAGUCACGGAGCUCUCCAUUUCCCACGAUCCCCAUCCGAACAGAAAAAGGUUACAUCUGGACCCACAUAGGACCCACACCAGCCCUCACUGUCAAAGAGUCUGUGGGUGGCAGCAGUUAACAGUACUUUGAUAUGGACCCAAUCUGUUGCUUUUGAACAGACAUUUGUACAUUUACUUAAUAUAAUGAAAACACAAACCGUUCUUACCUACAGCCAUUACUUCAGAUUAAAGAUGAAUUGUAAUUUGAUACAUCAGAAACCAGGUGAAACAUUGGACUAUUUUGUAUUUCAUUUACAAAAAAAGCUAAUUUUCAUUGAUUUUUUUGUCUCUCAUUGUUAAAAAAAUUCAUUCAUUCAUUGUGUGGCUGCCUGGGCAGUAAGUCAACAUGUCUUUUGUUUGACUCUCUAUUUGCCUUUUGUGAAUUAAGCUGUAAAUAGCCUAAUUAUGGUAA